AGACACAUGCGAAGCUUUGAUUGGUUUAAAUGUGUGUCUGUUAAUACAAUCAGCCAAUAGAUAUUCGAGCUGAGGACCAAAGGGGCGGAUCUAGUUUUUGUAUAAAACCGACGUUGGCGUCAAGAGAUGCCCAUAGAGAAAGGCGCAGUUUUACACUGAGAGCUCUACCCACACCAAGAAAGAAAAAUGAGGGAAAUUGUGCAUCUUCAAGCCGGCCAGUGCGGCAACCAGAUCGGUGCUAAGUUUUGGGAGGUGAUCAGUGACGAACACGGUAUUGACCCAACUGGAACGUACCACGGUGACAGUGACCUGCAGUUGGACAGGAUCAAUGUCUACUACAACGAGGCCUCAGGUGGUAAAUAUGUGCCCCGUGCUGUGCUGGUGGAUCUUGAGCCAGGCACCAUGGACUCUGUAAGGUCUGGACCUUUUGGCCAGAUCUUCCGACCAGACAACUUUGUGUUUGGCCAGAGUGGUGCUGGCAACAACUGGGCCAAGGGUCACUACACAGAGGGUGCAGAGCUGGUGGACUCUGUUCUGGAUGUUGUGAGGAAAGAGGCAGAGAGCUGUGACUGCCUUCAGGGCUUCCAACUUACACACUCUCUGGGUGGUGGUACGGGCUCUGGUAUGGGAACCCUGCUCAUCAGCAAGAUCCGUGAAGAGUAUCCUGACCGUAUCAUGAACACCUUCAGCGUGGUGCCUUCCCCCAAAGUAUCAGACACAGUUGUUGAGCCCUACAAUGCCACUCUAUCAGUCCACCAGCUUGUAGAAAACACAGACGAGACCUACUGCAUCGACAAUGAGGCCCUAUAUGACAUAUGUUUCCGCACACUCAAGCUCACAACCCCCUCUUACGGUGACCUGAACCACCUGGUCUCUGCCACCAUGAGCGGCGUGACCACCUGCCUCAGGUUCCCCGGACAGCUCAACGCUGACCUGCGUAAGCUUGCUGUAAACAUGGUGCCAUUCCCCCGUUUGCACUUCUUCAUGCCAGGCUUCGCCCCACUCACAAGCAGAGGCAGCCAGCAGUACAGAUCCCUCACUGUGCCCGAGCUCACCCAGCAAAUGUUUGACUCCAAGAACAUGAUGGCUGCCUGCGAUCCACGUCACGGCCGCUACCUGACAGUCGCUGCCAUCUUCCGUGGCCGCAUGUCAAUGAAGGAGGUGGACGAACAGAUGCUCAACGUGCAGAACAAGAACAGCAGCUACUUCGUUGAAUGGAUCCCCAACAACGUGAAGACCGCUGUCUGUGACAUUCCUCCCCGUGGCCUCAAGAUGGCUGCCACCUUCAUCGGCAACAGCACUGCCAUCCAGGAGCUGUUCAAGCGCAUCUCUGAGCAGUUCACAGCUAUGUUCAGGCGAAAGGCCUUCCUCCACUGGUACACCGGUGAGGGUAUGGAUGAGAUGGAGUUCACUGAGGCAGAGAGCAACAUGAAUGACUUGGUGUCAGAGUACCAGCAGUACCAGGAUGCCACUGCAGAGGAGGAGGGAGAGUUUGAGGAGGAGGGGGAGGAAGAUCUGGCCUAGAUAUCACAAGGUUGUUGAAGUAAAACGUAAAGUUCCAAGUUCGUACAGCAUUCAAUGGUCUGUCUGCUGUUAAUGUUGGCUUAAAAUGUAAUGUUCUUUCAUUGUUUUGUCUGCCGUUAAUGUUGGAAUAAAAUGUAAUGUUCCAAAAUC